AUGGCUCAGACAGAAGUAAUCAUUGUCGGUGCAGGCCCGAGCGGCUUGGGUCUCGCACUAGCUCUAUCUCGUCGCCGGAUCAAAUGUGUUCUUCUGGAAGCUAGCAAGGACAUAUGUAAAGAUCCCAGAGCAAUUGCCCUAUCCGGGGACACUGUUCGCAUAUUUCAAUUACUUGGGGUCACGAGUCAAGAAUUUCAACAUAUUGGACAACCCGUUCGAGAUCUCAAUUUCCAUUAUGGGGUUUUCACGUCCGAGCCGUUUCUCACGUUGGACCACAAUUUCGAUCACAUUGAUCAGGGUGUCUCUAUGGGACUUGUAAUUUUUCAACCUAAAUUAGAGGAAGCCAUGCGCAACUUGGUCAACGCAUCAGAGUUUGCGACAUUGAAAACAGAGUGUGAGGUGAUCUCCUGCAAUGAAUUCGAAGACUCGGUGGCAGCGUCGUAUAAGACAAAAGACGGAUCGACAGAAAAACUAAAGGGUAAGUUCUUGGUCGGUGCCGAUGGCAAGCGAGGAGUAGUUCGCAAACAUUUCCUUGAGGGACGGGGAAUCAAGCAAGUUGUGGGACAACAUGAGUACGAAGCAACAUGGGUAGCUGCAAAUUUGCUCAUCUCAAUGCCUACACCGAGCUCACAUCCAGAUUUCGCAGUUUGGCAGCUCGGUUACAAACCUAAGGAGCUUUGGGAUCUCUUUUGGCCACCUGGGUUCCACUUCUGCAACCACCCUACAAUGCCAGUGGCGGCGGGAAGGUUUGGGCCAGCAGAUGGGAAAUAUUGGAGAUUCGAGUAUGAGUUACCCGCAGGACGCUAUCCAGUGGACCUAGAGGAAGAUCUGAAAGCCCAGGUGCUCCCACAUUUGAGAAUACCUUCAAAACGUUUACGGAAUGGAUCAACACUGAAAGCAGACAUCGUGGAAUUCCCGUGGGAUUGUGUUAAAAUCAUACGCUGUCAAGCAGUUCUAUUCACGCACAAAGUCGUCAACCGAUGGUUCGAUAAUCGCAUGCUUUUGAUUGGAGAUGCUGCCCAUGUCUUUCCUCCUUUCGGAGCACAAGGUAUUGCCAAUGGCGUUCGCGACGCUUUUGCGCUCUCUUGGCGAAUGGGCCUUCUGCUGCAACCGGGACGUUUCCAAAACGGCGACCAGGUCAAGGAGCUUCUGAAUGUCUGGUCCCAAGAGCGUCGACGAGGCGUAGAUCAGGCCAGCCAAAUGACGAUGCAAAAUGGCCGUCUACUUCGCAACAAGUCGUGGGUGAUGGCUGAGCUGACGAGGAUUGGGAACAAGCUUCUCAAAUAUUCUGUCAUCAGAGAUCCUUUCCUUCGCUGGCUUUUGGACGACUCGGAAGGAUUGAGAUAUGCUAAAAGAGGCAACUUUCUUCUUGACUUCCAGGGAGGCGGUAAGAUAGCGCAAAUAUGGGUCCAACAGGAGGGGCCAACAAAUGCAACGCCUAAGAUGCUCUCGGACGAACUUUUCUGGAACCAUGGAUUCGCACUCGCUCUGCUAUUUGUUGGCAAUCAGCUUGAGGAAUUGGAGUUUUCCAAGUGGCAAACAAUUCUUCAAUCAUUAGAUUCCCCAAUGCUGAUUUAUCCCGAAAUCAUGGCGAUCUCAUUCAACAGGGUUCCCAGCAGCACAGUCUCGCAUCCCGGGCUGAAGCAGUAUUAUGCUUGCAUCGACAGUGAUGUGCGUGUUGAUGGCAUGAAUCUUAUUCCGGGCUAUGACCCAACUGCCUUUCUCAAAAGAUUUGGACCUCGAACGCGUUAUGUACUGGUUCGACCAGAUUUUAUCAUUUUCUCCCAAGCAUCCUCACUCGAUCAGGUAGAUUUUCAGGUGAGAAAAGCGAAGUCGAUGCUAGGAACUGAUGGACAUUGA